CACAACUCUUAUAAACACAGGUGGCGCCUGGGCACUGGACAUUACACUAUCUAGCUGCGUCUAAUCGCAUACCCAGGAUGUGUGACAAAACGGUACUACGAUCUCUAGUGGUGGCGGUGGUGGUCGCCUGCGCGGUCGCGAGGCCAGAGCCUCCGACGUCGUAUGGCGCCCCCUCCCAGUCCUAUAGUGCUCCCUCAUCGUCUUACGGUGCUCCCUCAUCAUCGUAUGGUGCUCCCGCGCCACAGUACGGACCGCCCCAACAGCCCAUAGUACAUAAGCAUGUUUACGUGCACGUCCCACCUCCAGACAACGACAUUCCUCAACCCCGCAAACCAAUCUGGGUGCCACCUCCUCAGAAACAUUACAAGAUAGUGUUCAUCAAGGCGCCGACUCCACCCACCCCUACUGCGCCUGUCAUUCCUGUGCAGCCUCAGAAUGAGGAGAAGACUCUCGUCUACGUGUUGGUGAAGAAACCCGAGGAGCAGCCCGACAUUGUCAUCCCGACACCGGCGCCUACGCAGCCCUCAAAACCAGAGGUUUACUUCAUCAGAUACAAGACACAGAAACAGGAAGGUUAUCCGGAAUCUCCCAAGCCCGAGUACGGCCCUCCCGCUUCAGCUCCAUCGUCAGAAUACGGUGCUCCUUAAGGCGACCUCUUUGGACGAUUAUAAACCAGCUGCCCAUUUGUAGUGCUCGACCGGCUCGUUCACACCCUCUAUCUUAGUAACCAUGUUAUUUCGGUAACCUGUUUAACUAAAGUUUUUAUUGAUUAAAUAUAUGUACCUACUAGGAAUACCAAAGCUAUAAACUAUGAAGGUCUACCCGCUAUAAUCUCCGCAAUGGAGAUGGUGUGGUAGACUCUGGAACGGCUUGCUCAUUAGCUUCUGUGAGAUGAGUUUUGACGUCAAAUAUAAUAAUAUGUAUCUAUAAAUUUUCUUAUAGCAAACGGCAUUUUCGCAACAUUUUGUGUUUUUCCGUUUAAAUCUGAGGCGAAGAUGCCGCUUUCUAUGACCGAAUGACGACCAGCGUGUAAACAAGGCAUUAUUAUUUAUAGAUUAAUUAACUAGAAUAUUUUUGCAUUAGUGCCUUCGUUCUAUAAUCAAAGAAAAACGUAUAGAACCUCAAAAUUCUAGAGAAGUCGGCCGAGAUCUGUGAUGGCAGCAAUCUGGCGUUGCGCCAAACCGUACUGCAACUCGUAUUAUUACAUCAAAUUGAUGUGAAUGUUUGUAAAUAUAUUAUUUUUAUAUGAUUAAAAUGUUUUAUAAUAAUUAA